AUGUCCCUCGUCCCCAGGCGGGGUGCUGUCGCUGGGCUGCUUGUCCUGAUCGCAGCAGCGGCUCAGCCUCCCAGCGUCACUGUCCUUGGCAUCGUCGCCCUCGUCCCUGCUUUCGGCUCGCGCUCUCCCGUGCAUCUCCAGACCCUUGGGCAGGCUCGCUGCCCACUUUUUGUCGUCAGCGCGGCCGACUGUGAGCCGUCGUCCGUCGUCUCAGGCAGCCGGUCCCUGGUCAUGUCUGCGUCGAGCCAUCCAGAGCCUCCAGGCCAUCACCCGCAGUCGUCGACUCCCGAAUCCCAUCGCCGGCCUGUGGACUCGCUGGCUUCCAGCCCCAUUCGAAUCCCGCCGCCCGUCCAUGCCCACACCAACACCACCAUCCACAUCACCGAUCCCGAGGGCCUCAUCUUCGCGACCCCAGCGUCGCGGCCGCAUUCGCUGCCAUCAUCAUUGGAUCCGCCAUCGUCGUUGCCGGCGGCAUUCCUUCUGCAAGAUCGGCCCGCGGAUGGCCACGACCAGCGGGGCUGGCCCGGCCGCUUUGACCACCGGCCACUGCCUUCGGAUGAAUAUUCGGAUAUGACCGACUCGGAGUUCGACGAAGACCCAAACUAUGCCAUCAAGAACUCACUGAAUCGGCUCCGGUUUCUGAACGAUAGAUCGUCGGAAUCCCAAGUCCCGACGACGAGCGCGGAUGAAGACUUUGAUGUGAUUUCGGCUGUUUCCAGCCCCGCGAAAUCAGCCCGGCUCGACCACGACUCGGACACCUCUCCGGCGAAAGAGUCGCCGUCGACCGGGCCGCCAAUUGGUCCGUCGGCGUCUUCCCAGGAUAUCGCACCCUCAAGCCACUCGCCCGACAAGAAGGGCUUCUUUGCCAAGGUCAAGUACAAGACCAAGAAGCUCCUGGACAAAACGGCCGAGAAGCACGCCAAGAAAAGCCACUCCAGGCAUAGCCCGACGCAGUCCGAGGGCAUUCUUCCCGAGGCUCGGCAGGCGUCCCAGCCGGCAUGUGCUCCCCGGGACGCUGCAUCCAGAGGGGAGGCCGAUCCCACGAAGCCUCUGAGCGCGCCGCCGUCGUCAACCGUCCUGGAUACUGCAUCUGGACUUGGACCCGGGCCGAGACCGGAAUCAGGACUCGAAUCAGGACCUGAAUCUGGACCUGGAUCUACGCCGGACCAGGAUCGGCAGAGGCAUGCCGGCACGGCCAAGCCAGCAGCCCUCGCUGCCGCGGCUGUCUCCGGCGCCCAGGCUCCAGGCUCUGCGCUGCUCCCCCAGCCCUCGAAAUCCACACUCAAUUCAUGGACAACCGCGAUCGCCUCCAAGACCAGCGCCGAGGUCUCAUCUGUUUUCAGCUCAACGUCCUCCUCGACGGCAGUGUCGCAUGGGCUCGCGGCAACCUUUGUCAAGGGCGGCGACAAAAAGUUCUCGUAUCCGGCCAACCGGCCCUUGCCUAACCUGCUCGGCAAGGAGGUCGGCGGCGGACUGGUGCUGGUGCAGGAGAUCCGGUGCAUCGCCAAAGAAGCCUCGGCCGAGCUCCUACCGGGGGUUGCACCAGUGGAAAGCAAGACCACCAAGGAACCGGCGACCGAGUCCGUGCAGCAGGCAGGAGCCAGCGGCUGGAGUGGAAUCCUGAGCCACUCCCACCCGGGAUCCGAUGGCGCUGCUUCGUCCACAACCCCAGGACACGAAAUCUCGGUGAUGCGGUUCUCGGAUAAUGGGCUCUUGCUGGCGGCGGCGGGCAAGCUCGGCAUCAUUUGGAUCUGGGAGGUCUGCGGUCGAGACCAAAGUGCCAGCCCGGUCCCCCAUCCAGCAAGUCGUCCGGAAACAAAGGCGAGGCCCAACAGGCCAGUCUUUGCCCGAAGUCACUCCGACGUGGCUCCCCGGGGGCUGCAGAUGGUCGAACACGAUGGACCUGCAGUCGCUGGCAAGGCAGCAGCCGGGGCUGGGGCCGGGGCUUCGGCCGAUGUGCCUCCGCCGGUCUUCAAGCCGACACCUGUGCGCAUCUUUGCGGGCCACGGCAGCGAUAUUCUCGAUUUGGCCUGGUCCCGAAACAACUUUUUGAUCUCGGCCUCGAGCGACGGACAAGUGCGUCUGUGGCAUCCGCAAGAACCCUCGCCGCUGUGCAUCUUUGAGCAUCCGGAUGCGGUGUCGGCCGUCCGCUUCCAUCCGAUCGACGACCGGUACUUUGUCAGCUCGUGCGCCGACCGCAAGAUCCGGGUGUGGUCCUUGGUGGAAAAGAAGGUCAAGUUCUGGAACGAAAUGAUCUUCCUGGACAGCAGCGUCACGGCCCUGUGCUUCAAUCUGGCAGGCGACCUCGUCAUCUGCGGAAGCGACCAGGGCGACCUGGUCUUUUUCGAGUUCAACGGACUCAAGUACCACACGCAAAUCGAGGUCAAGGCCCUGAGCCGCAGCCGGAGCGUCCGGGGCGGGAAGCGCAUCAUUGGCAUCGAGCGGAUUCCCAACCGAACGCUUGAGCAAAAGAUCAUGGCCAAGUACCAGGGCACCAAACUCGUCGCGGCCCUGAACCAGGAGCCCGACCCGCAGAUCGUCCUCGAAGACGAGAAGAUCCUGGUUACCUCGAGCGAUUCGCGCGUGCGCAUCUACAAUCUGCGCGACAAAUCGCUCUUUCAAAAGUUCAAGGGCUCAGAGCAUCGCUCGGCGUCCAGUCGAGCAAGCUGCUCGUGGAACGGCCGGUACAUUGUCUCGGGCUCGGACGAAAAGGCCAUCUACAUCUGGAACACCUGUCUGGACGAAAACUCGGCCCUCCAGACCGUCCACCUGCACUCGCCCCUACACAGCACUACGGCCUCGAGCAGCAGCGGCAGCGCCCUCUUUGGCGGACUCAUGGGCUGGCAUCUCGACAACCAAACAAAGUACAUCCUGAAACUCUCGGGGCUGGAGGAGCCUGUGUUGUGCACAGCGUUCGCCCCGAGCGGCACCCGUGUAUAUCUGGAGCAGUCUCGGCUCCGGCGCGGCCUGCUUCCGGCCGAGGCCGACGCUCCCAUGGACCAAGUCUACUCUCAGAUUCUCGUUUCGGUCGAUGCGAGCGGACUCAUGCGGGUCUACGAGAGUGAAAACUCACUCGGCCCCAUGUUUUCGCCCACGGCCAGCGUCAGCAUGGGGAAAUCCAGCGGCACAAGCACAGGCAGCUCGAUCCUGCGCGGCCUGGCCCGGACACCGACGAUUCCAACCAAGAGCACCGGGAUCAGCUCGGACCUUGCUGGCGAUCUCCACAUCCACAGCGCCGCACAGCCGGAUCGAUAUCCAGGCCCGAGCCCGAGCAACGCGCCGAACAAGGCCCAGAGCGUCCUGCUGACGCUGCCGACGUCCAGCACCGGCCUCGCCAAAUCAUCAUCGGUCCACAUGGUCCAGAAUCCCACGGAUGUUUCGUUUCUACCGCGGACGCUGACUUCAGCCCAGUCGAUCAGCAGCAUUUCCUCGGGCGACCUGGUUUCCCGGCCCCCGCUUUCAGGUAUGGGCUCGACAACAGCAACGCUGAGUCGGGACAGUGGGUUGCGUCCACGGACAUCCCUCGGGUCGGGGCGGCAAAGUACAACAGGGCCUUCGGGUCGAGCCAGCCUGUCGUCGCAGAUUCCAGAGCCCCCGCCAUCGUCGCUGCAAGAAGGCGCGGCCUCGGGCCGAGGCAGUCCAACUCACCUAGCGCAGCGCGAGCGAAGAGUCUCAGCCGGAGCAUCGACAUCGGCAGCCCUAGCCUUGGCGCAUGGAGCAACCUCGGUGACAUCUCUGGCAUCGGCCACGCGGGACGCAUCGACAACAAGCAGAGCAGGGUCGCUCACGACGGCGGCAGAGUCAGCGACAUCCACAGCAAGACGAUUGGCGGCCCCGUCAGACAGCGAUGGCCUGCACCAUGCUCGGAGUGGCACGGAUGCAUUUCCCGACCGAACGGCGCCCCGAAGUAUCCAACGCGGGCCGUCCGAGAUCGAGAUUCCCACGCACCAGCGAUCGUCCUCCGGGUUUGAACCGAUCGUCACGCGGCAGCGGUCCCACUCUCACUCGAUUGUGAUGUCGAUCAAGUCCCUGACGGAGAGACUGGCAUCGCCGCGAUCGAGCCAGACACAGCGUGAGAUACCGGUGGCGAUCAAAGAAGGCUCGAGCGGAUCGGUCUCGAGCAGCGCCGAGCAGCGGGCUGAAUCGGUGCCGAUCGAUGCCUCGGCGCCGUCGGCUUUGUUGGCCACCCUCGGAGCACAUCCAACGAAUGACGGUCGGCCCAAGGCAAAGUCGCUACAGGCCGAGUCCAGCCCAGCGCUGAGCAGCGGACCCACCGAGGCUGAGGCCGACGACGAAGGCGGGCUGGUGUGCAGCAGCUGUGGUGGCGACAGCUUUACGGUGCUCAAGUCUGGACGGAUGAAGUGUCUCAGAUGCGGAUAUCUCACAAGCCUGCCCAAAUAA